AGAGAUUAUGCACCACGGAUCCUGCAGAUUUCCUUCUUCUUCCUUUUUUUUGCCUCGUGGCCAGACGGUGUCUAUGCGUUCAUUUGGAUGCUUUUACUGCAGAACGAAGAUCGGUCGACGAUGAAAAAUGGUCAGAAGGGUUACCAGUUCAGCCAAUGGCCACAAACUGGGACUAACAGCUUUUAGUGUUGCUCAGAAGGGAUCCUAAAGAAAGGAAGCAUGAAUCCUCAACCUUAACCAUUCGGGGCAGUUUUCAAGGUGCAGAACUGGCUAGCUACAUAUAUCAGUGGGCGGGUCUCAUUCCACCUCUCCUCAUACGUGGGGCAUUCUGUUGGUGACUUGAUUUAUUGCAUCUCCAUUCUUCAGUCAGCAAUAAAAUAUGCAGUAUCUUUACUACGGACAUUCUCUCUAGCCAAUGGAAUAUCGGGCAUACAAAAAUGGAGAUAAAACAGUUGAAGGAUCAAACAGAGUUUGAUGAGCAAGAAGUAACGUCCUUUGACAAGAAACAAACUUUUCCUGUUACAUUGAAGUUUGACAACGUUGUGUACAAGAUUAAAACCAAGAACCAAGGAUUCUGCAAUCGCACAUGGAUAAACAAAUCGAAACUUGAAGAGAAAAUUAUAUUGAAGGGAGUAACAGGUGAAGUAGCACCAGGGGAGAUGCUAGCAAUGUUAGGCCCCUCUGGUAGUGGCAAAACAACCCUUCUAAAUGCUUUGGGACGCCGACUUGGUGGAGACCUAAGCGGAAGCAUCACAUAUAAUGGGAGGCCUUUCUCCAAUGCUAUGAACCGGAGAACCGGUUUCGUUACUCAAGAUGAUAAAUUCCAUCCGCACCUUACAGUGACCGAAACACUCAUAUUUACUGCUCUUUUGCGAUUGCCACAAUCUUUCACUCUAGAAGAGAAGAUUAGGCAGGCCAAGGAAGUGAUAUUUCAACUUGGAUUAACCAAGUGUAAGAACAACAUCAUCGGUGGAGCAUUUAUUAGAGGUGUUUCAGGUGGAGAAAGGAAGAGGGUUAGUAUAGGACAAGAAAUGCUGAUCAACCCGAGCCUAUUGUUUCUCGAUGAACCCACUUCUGGUCUUGAUUCGAGGUCAGCUCAGCAAGUCGUUUCUAUUUUGUUGGAGCUAGCGAGGGGAGGAAGAACUGUUUUAAUGUCGAUUCACCAACCUUCUAUGAAUAUAUUUUACAUGUUUCAUAAGAUUUUACUGUUAUCAGAUGGUAAUCCGAUAUACUUCGGGAAGACAGAAAAGUCCAUGGAGUAUUUUUCCAACAUUGGCUACUCCAUAUCUAAUGCUAAUACUAAUCCGGCAGAUUUCCUUUUGGAUCUUGCUGAAGGUGUUUGUCUAGGUGGUUCGGACAGUGAAAAAGGGAUAAUGGAGAUUAAGCAAGAACUUGUCUCUGCUUAUAAGACCAAUCUGUUGGACAGAAUAAAAGAAGAACUUCUGGAAACGGGGAACCUUCAAUUAACUCAAUUUGAAGAACAAAUGGAUGAAAAACAGUUCGGUCAAUGGAACACAUCUUGGAUACAACAGUUUUUGGUAUUGCUCAAAAGAGAUCUCAAAGAGAGGAAGCAUGAAUCUUUUUCCAGCCUAAAUGUCGGUCAGAUAUUGGUUUUUUCAUGUAUAUGUGGACUGCUCUGGUGGCAAUCAAGUUCUACCCAUUUACAAGAUCAGAUGGGGUUCUUAUUCUUUUAUUCACUGUUCUGGAGUGUUCGACCAUUUUACAACUCAAUGCCUACUUUCCCUGAAGAGAGAAUGAUGCUUGCUAAGGAGCGCUCAUCAAGCAUGUACAGACUUUCUUCCUACUUCAUUGCAAAAACAGUUGCUGACCUUCCGAUGGAACUUGUUCUUCCCACAGUUUUUGUCAUAAUAACGUACUGGAUGGGAGGGUUAAAACCAACAGCGGAGCAUUUCUUCAAGACAUUGUUUGUUAUUCUGUAUAGCGCACUGGUUUCUCAAGGCGUUGGGCUAGCACUCGGUGCUGUUGUCAUGAAUAUCAGGGCUGCUUUAAAAUUUGGUUCAGUCAUAGUUGAGACAUUCUUUUUAGCCAGUGGGUUUUACGUGCAAAAUGUCCCAAAAUUCAUAUCAUGGUGUAAGUACAUUUCUCCUACUUAUUUCACUUACAAGCUCUUAUUAGCUUCCCAGUACAAGGCUGACGAUCUGUAUCAGUGCGGCCCAAAUAAUGUGACAUGUAAAAUUGGGAGUUACCCUGCUAUAGAGAAAAUUGGACUUGGGAAUGAAGCUAUAUCUAUCAUUGCGCUUACUGUAAUGCUUGUAGGUUACAGAGUCAUUGCUUAUCUUGCCCUAAUGAGAAUUGGAGUCGCCCGUUAAAAGAUCCUUUUACAAGUUUUUUUUUGUUGUUUUUAUUAAAUAUGCUUUUGGUUUUUCUGCUUAGAUCCUUUUACAAGUUAUUCUCAAGCUUCAAACAUGCUUUAAGAGUUGAAUCGAACUUGAGAAGAGUAUUGACUUACUAUCGGUGUACCCAAUUGUUGCAUAUA